UUUGUUGUGACAGCCUCAAAAGGUUAUGUAGCGUUAAUUGAGGAUUAGAAUAUUAUUUACACAGCGAAAACUAAUAGGAUUCCAAUAGAAAUUGACCUAGAUAUCCAACUUAGUGUAUUUAAAGUUUUAUGUAAAGCAAUGUGACAUAUUUGGUUUGGAAAUUUUAUACCAUCAGCAUGCCGACUUUCCUGACACCAGGGCGGCACGGGUACAGUGUCCGGUUUUCUCGGACAAGGCCGGAUACAUUGGCAGUUGCUACCAGCCAGUAUUACGGCCUGGCUGGUGGUGGGACUUUGUUCUUCUUAGAGCUGUCCCCAGACGGGAGUUCGAUUAUUGAAGUUCAGAAACUUGAAUGGAGCGAUGGGCUCUUUGAUGUGACAUGGUCCGGCACAACAGAAAGUGCGGCGGCUUGCGGUGCAGGCGACGGCGCCGUCAUAGUAUGGCGGGUUGGAUGUGCGGCGCCGCUCCGGGUGUUAAGAGCUCAUACUAGUGAAGUGUGCUCCGUGGACUGGCCUAGGACACAUCUGUUGAGCGCUAGCUGGGAUACUACUGUUAAAUUGUGGGACCCAGAAUCAGAAGCUUGUCUCAGCACAUUCCUCGGGCACUCUCAGCUGGUGUACACAGCAGCGUUCUCUCCCCACUCUCCGGCCACCUUCGCAUCAGUGUCCGGUGAUGGCCACCUCAAGUUGUGGACGUGUACCGAACCUUCUAGACCUGCGGCUGUUGUUAAGGCUCAUGAUGCUGAGGUACUGUCAUGCGAUUGGAGUAGAACAGAAACACAUGCAUUGGCUACAGCAGGAUCUGAUGGUCUCAUCCGAGGUUGGGACUUGAGAAGGUUAACAUCACCUAUGUUUACUCUCAAAGGGUGUGAAUGUGCUGUUAGAAGAGUACAAUUCUCUCCACACGCACCUUCUAUUUUGGCAGCUGGAUCCUACGAUUUUACUACAAGAAUAUGGGACCUAAAACGCGGUUGCGAGCCUCUAGAAACGAUAAGGCAUCACUCGGAGUUUACCUAUGGACUGGACUGGAACGCUCUCAGGCCACAUCAGAUAGCUGACUGCGGGUGGGACUCGCUGGUGCAUGUGUUUACUCCCCGCUCCCUGGCCUGAGACUGGUGAUGAAAUUCCAUUGGAUCGUCUGUGAUUGAACUUGAAAGUGUAUGUGGAGGAGAACGUGCCAAACCAUACUAGUGUUUAUUGCGAAGACAAUCAGGGUUAUAAUCGCUUGCUGGCGUUCACAAGCAGGUUCGGUGAACAGGGAUAUCGAGAAUGCUGAAAGUGAUUGUACAUUAUUAUUUGUUAUUAGUGUAAGUUAUUAGUGCUUUGUGUGUGGUGUAUCAUGGAAACUGUUUAAUCAAUGAGUUUAGGCCAUUGAAACCAGAAAUAUAUUAAAACUAACCUACUUGGUACGUCAUCUUUGAAACCAACAGCUGUAUAAUUCAGGUCAAUAGGAAUACUCACUGACCUCUAUAUUUACCACUGGACCGGCUGUUCCGUACGUUUGACAGCAAUUUUUUUGUGCCCAUUUGAAGCGCCAAUAUCGUCUAAGCGAGUGUCCACAGAACUAAUUUUGACGUAUAAUUUCAAAUGGCUGUGAGAGAAGUGUUUGUUCAUUGGUUCACUGUAAAAUAAUUUUAGUACCACGGACACUCGCUACGUCUAACAGCGCCAAAAUGGCGAUUAUCAAACGGGCACAAAAGCACGUUUACAACAGCCUGUCCAGUGGAAAAUAUAGAGGUCAGUGGAAAUACUGCAUCAACAGUGAGUUCUACCAUUUAAAAUUGAUGAGAAACGAACCAUUUUGCCACCAUUGGGCGGCAGUACACGGCUGGUCUUGGUUUGGUUAUCGUUAUAGUUAAAUGGUACAAGUCACCGUUGAUAUGAUAUCUUCUCUGUGAAGUCUGAAACGUCUUUGGCCGUUUAGGGAAUUCAACAGUUUCUCCGAAUCUCUCGUAAGUACUAGACAACAAGCCAUAAAAUUGUUUAUUACUUUGUAUAGUAAUAACUUGAUACACCUUACACAAGGGUUAUAUGUGAUUUACUAUAAAAUAUUAAUAUUCGCUUGUAAUAUUUUACGCGAAUUCGAUAAAAGCUGUGUACUUAAAGAAAAAUAAUCAUGAAUUAAUUUUAUGACAUAUUCUACUGACUGAAUCUAUGCAUAUUUGUUGUUAGUGAGUUUUUAUUUUAGACUUUAUGUCAACGUAUUAAAGUUUAUUAUAGCUUACUCACAAUAUGACUGUUACAUUCCUUUUUAUAUUCAACUGUUUUUUAUUUUGUUAUAUUUUUAUAUUGAAUUUAGUUUAAGUGAAUACAUACUUUAUUGUGAUGGUUACAAGGUCUCUUUUAUGUUAUAAAUUGUAUAGUGAAUUAAUGUUGUAUUUAAGCUACUAUAGACCAAUAUAGGUAUGAAAGAAAAAUUGUGCACGCUCAACUAUUCAAGCAAAGUCGGAAGAAAUUAUAUGUUAUGACUUCUGCACAAUGCAUAGGAUAAUUAAAAAUCUCAACGCAAACUUGUGUUUAAACUUUAACUUGUUUUAUUGGUAAAAAAGUGAAAAAGCAAUGCUUGGCUUUUGGUAUCUUGUAAAACAUUUUUUUUUGGUAAUAUUGAAAACCACAUAAUUAAUACUUGACAGUAAUACUUUAAAACUUGUUGAAAAGAUUUUCAAAAAUCAAUCUGUAGUUUGCCAUUUAGAUUAAACUGUUUACAAUACUCGAUUGCAGAGCUAAUGUUUAACAAAAAAUGCAAUUGAAAUUACUGAGUUUUUAAAUAUUUUACAUUAUUGUGUAUGCCUCCAGAAGUCGAAUUCUAUGUAUAUUAAAUCUUCUGGGGUACCCUUUAUUUCGUUGUAAAGCCAUAAAAAUGAAGAGUGUAAUUUAUAGCUGGAAAAAAUACAUCACAUCAAAAAACUAGGUUUGGAUCUAGUCUACUGAAAAUUGGCCAACUAUUCGCCAUUUUGACUUUUCCAGCUAUGACUAUAAAACCUUUUGCUACAGAGUUUAUAUCGUAUCAAAUAAAUCAGAAUAACAAUUA